AUGGAAGAUCUCGGCAGCCGGGGCUCCUCGCCUCCGCCGAUUUGGACUUUGCUUGAUGCUCAAACCUGGACUGAUCUUGACGACCAUAUGGGAGCGAGCAGAUCUCUUCGUCAGGUCGAAGCUUGGCUUUCGUCCUGUGAAGCAGGGCAUGAAUAUUGUCUUUCACGGGGCUCAAGUCCAGGGAAGUAUUUCCCUACCAGAGUUAUUGAUGUCGACAGGGUCGAAGACGGAACAGUGUAUCUCCGUGAGAGAUCCGAAGUCAAAACCGGGUUCUUAAGCGAGGGACACGAGGCUGAAGGCCUAAGCAGAGGGUAUCCUGCAUACUGGACACUCUCACAUCGAUGGGGUGAUCCUGAGUUGAUCCAGCAACUCUCGCAAAGCACGGAGAAUGAGCUUCGGUUUGGCAUGGGAGUGAGCGAUUUGUCGCCAACCUUUCGCGGUGCUUGCCUGCUCGUUCGCCGUAUGGGCUACGAAUACAUAUGGAUCGACUCUCUGUGCAUCUUUCAGGACUCUCUCAGCGAGUGGCAGCAAGAAGCCAAGGCGAUGGUAGAUGUAUAUCGUUAUUCAUUUUGUAACAUUUCCGCCAUAGGCGCGUCCUCAAAUCCCAGUAGUGUCGGCCUAUUUUCCAGGAGAAGACUUCCUUUGAGGCUAUUAUUCCCUUUCCAGAUACACGGGCAACACUUGGACGACGAAAGAGGCUUCAGGGUUGGGCCAUGUGUAGUUUUCAACGAUUCUAUUUGGACGGACGACGUCGCAAGUACACCCUUGAGCACACGCGGGUGGGUUGUACAGGAACGUUUCUUAGCUCCUCGAGUUCUCCAUUUUACGGAGAACCAGAUAUACUGGGAGUGUCUAGAGACCACGGUCUGUGAAGCAGAUCCAAGCGGGGAACUCCAGAUCCUUGCCAAAAACUGGCAUUUGCGCCCGCCUAUUCAGACAGUACACAAAGCGGCGGGACGGGAAAUCGCGAGGAGCCUUUCCAAAGGACUCUCGGGGCAGCAGUAUAUAACGCGGGAUGAAGAAACAGCCUAUCUCAAUCUCUGGGGUGACGUUGUGUCGAUCUACGCAAACUGCGCUCUGACAAACGAAUCAGACAGGCUCAUCGCCAUGUCCGGUAUUGCCAAGACCUUCCAGGAGGCUAAUAAAGACACAUACCUAGCUGGACUGUGGAAGAAGGUCAUCCACUCCGAUCUGACCUGGAAGACUGACGCUAGCGGUGGGGCUGAGGUGUUUCGCAGUGACUCGUCGUAUGCUCCGACAUGGAGCUGGGCUUCCGUUGUUGGGGGGCAUACGACACUCAGCAAGGUCUAUCAAAAAUAUAGAGGCAUCCCAGUCUCUCUUAUAAGCCUUGUUGCGGAGCGAAUUGUAUCGGAACCGCCAGGGGAUGAUCCUACAGGCCUACUACGUUCAGCAGAGCUCGAUAUUGAGUGCAUGCUGUAUUGCUACCGCUGGACGCCCCAGUCGACCACACUCGCGGUAUUCAAGGACGAGACCGCCAUUAUGAAGACCACCACCAUGAUCAUGAUUGCCGCCUUCACCAGUAGUGCCCUAUCCCUCGAAGUCAAGGACGCUUCAACUCCUGGUGGCGGCACUCCGGGCUCCCCCGCCUGCAACCGCCAAUGCCUUAUCACCAUUUCCCCAGUCGACGGAGCCUCCACGCAGAGGUCCGACGGUUUCCCUGGCUCCUGCAAGGAGUACGCCACUGGUCAGCUGAAGGGUAUCAACCGUUCUGUUGAUGGGGGGCGUCUGAACAUUAACGGGGUCGGAGGAAACCUCGUUAUCGACUUUGUCAAGAAUGGGCGGGAUCGCCGUGCCUCUUUCACUAACUGUAAGGAAGCUGUUUUUACUGGUGCGCAGUGUAGCCUCAAGCAGGGAGGUUGUGACAAGCAGGCUGAGUCUGGCUAA